AUGAACUACCUCAAACUUUCCUUCGACAAAUUGGAUGUAGGGGCACUGAAUGAUCUAGUGGCGCAUGAAUCGUGCGGAGCAAUUUCGUUAUUUGUCGGCACAACCAGAGAUAACUUUCAAGGGAAAUCAGUCGUCUUAUUGCAGUACGAAGCUUACGAAGCAAUGGCCAUUAAAACGAUGAACCAUAUUUGCAAUAAAAUGCGACUCCGAUGGCCGGAUAUCAAGCAUAUCGGCAUCCAUCAUCGACUGGGCACAGUUCCGGUGAAGGAAGCAUCCGUAGUAAUCGCAGUCAGUUCACCGCAUCGGAAAUCCAGCCUAGAGGCGGUACAUUAUGCCAUCGAUGAACUGAAAAAGAGUGUUCCUGUCUGGAAAAAAGAACAGUACGCCGACGGCGAGGGCUGCUCGGAGUGGAAAGAGAACAGCGAGUGUACCUGGUCCAAAAGCUACAAGGAUAAACAUUGUUUAUGAGAGAGUCGCUAUUUAGGGCUAGACUAUGAGUUGUUAAAUGAUAUACGUUAUGUAGGUAUAUUAAGUUGUAUAAUCUUGGUGCACAUCCCUUUACAAUCCAUGGUGCACACAGUAAGGCAAUGGUGCUAAGUAUGUUAUAUAAUAGUGCGUUCUGCUGUUGCAUUGAACGUUAUAGAUAUGAAUAGGUUAGUAAGUAGAGGGAAUAAAAAUUGCUAGUUCAGUUGAUUGC